AUGGUGCGGCACACGCCUCGGCGAGGUUCGGGUGUGGGCACUGCAGCCCCAGCGGUUGCGUCCACAUCCAGAGCAAAGCACGGACCUGUUGCUGCAACAGCGGUGCCACAGCAGGCAUCCACACCCCCGUGCGAUGUCUCUGGAGAGGACCAUGCGUCCCAGCCAGGCGCCUCAGCGGAGACGCUUGAGGUGCCCAGCGACUUUGGGUGCGACGACUUGCGCCCUGCAGCAAGCGCAACCCGGGAUUCGGGCAAGCACCUGGAGCCGGACGCCGAACGGUUUGGCUCUUUGGAACAGGUGCGUCAGGAAGCCGAAGCAGGAACGGAACUGACGCGCUCUGCACUGGGUCCUCGCCAAGUGCGGAAGCGAGUGGUGCAGCGUCGGUCCGCGACAGGCGCUGCAGAGCGAGCCCCAGUGAGUACGCACCCGCCGUCUGAUGCGGCUCCAAGGAGCGGCACCUCUGUCGGAGGAACCAACACAGGACAGAGCGGGCAGGAUGCUUGGCACCCAGCGGGUGCUUCUGGACCGGAUGCCCCGGAAACCCCAGCUGCGUUCAUCACCAGUGCUGCUGUUCCCGAAAGCACCGGUGCUGAUCUUCGUUGGACGCCUGCUCCCUCAUCGGAGCAUCUCACCAGAGGCGCUGUCGUCAUGCGUUCGCCACAGGUCGACGGACCGGCCACAGCCGUCAUCAAGCGCUGUCCGAACUGCGGGGGUGAUGAUCUCGAGUUUGGUAGCAGUUCGGGCCAAACAGCGUGCAUGCUCUGCGGACAUGUCGUUGAGGAGAACACCGUAGUCAAUGAGCUCCAGUUCGUAGAGGGUGCUGGCGGUCACAGUGCCGUCGUAGGUCAGUUCGUACGCACCGGCAGCAGCGGAGCAGCGUCGCUGGGCGCAGCCGCUGCAGCCACCGCAGCCGGUGCGUCGCUGCUCUAUAACGCAUCCACGGCCGGUGUGACGCGUCUCACCAUAGGGCAUCGGGAGUCGCGGGAACUCACGUACGCAGCCGGACGCCGGAGAAUCGCCACCAUCGCUUCGCAGUUACACCUGCCGCCGCGGUUUGUGGAUGCAGCGCAUCGUUUGUUCACGCUGGCUGUCCAGCACAAUUUCGUGCAGGGCAGGCGUACCCAGACGGUGGCGGCUGCAGCGCUCUACAUUGUCUGUCGACGGGAGAAGACGCCGCAUCUGCUCAUUGACUUUAGCGAUACGCUGCGUAUCAAUGUGUACGUCCUGGGUCAUACUUAUCUGAAAUUGUGCCGCGUUCUGCAUUUGGCAUUGCCGAUCAUUGAUCCUUCGUUUUACAUUCACCGGUUUGCAAGUCGGUUAGAUCUGGGCGAGAAGCAGAAUGCAGUAGCGCAAACCGCACUGCGUCUGAUCAGUCGAAUGAAGAGGGACUGGAUCCAUACUGGGCGGCGUCCGGCUGGUCUCUGUGGGGCAGCACUGCUCAUUGCAGCUCGUAUGCACGGCUUCCGUCGCUCGCAGCGUGAAAUAGGUGCCGUCGUUCGUGUCGGUGAUAUGACCAUUCGCCAGCGACUCUGUGAGAUCGAAGAGACGCCCACUGGAACGCUCACUGGUCGAGAGCUUGCCGCCGAGUCGGGCUUGAUCGAAUCCGUUGCCGAGGAAGACACCACCGAGGCGCCUCUGGCGGCAACCGCGGAUACCUCCGCAAACGCAGUGUCACCUGAGGCAGUUGACACACUCGACGGCUGCGACCCGCCAGCGUUCCGGCGCCGGCACGCGUUGUCGUCGUCGUCGUCAUUGGAGUGGCUCGAGCAGCAACACCACGUCCUGGAACAGAGCAAGGCAGCUGAACAGGACAUUGUCGCGGAUACCUCGCUUACCGAGCAGGAGCGAGCUUUUCUGGAAGCCUCCGCCACUGCCGAGGGCGAGCGCGUACCCGUAACGGUACUGGUGGCACCGGCAACGUCCCACGGUGCAGUCUCGAACUACGUCGGCUCGGUGAGGCGCGAGGCCUCGGGACCCCUGGCCCCGCUUGGCGCUGCAGCGGAUGAGCGUGCCGCAAACCCGGUGACAACGGGCGUUAUCGCUGGUACAUCUGGUCUGUCGACGCGAUCCGGCCCCGAGGGCGGAGCGAAUUAUCGCUGGCUAAGCGACCGAGUCGAAGAGCUCAGCGACCUCGACUCCGAGGAGGAGGCUAUGUUCGUGUGCACGCCCGAGGAAACUGCCUUUCGGGAGAAAAUAUGGACGGCGAUGAACCAGGAAUGGAUCGAGCGUGAGGCUGAAAUCGCUCGUUGGGAACGCGACGAUCCCGAGCGGUACCAGCGUCUCAUGCGCAAACGAGAGUACAUGCGUGGUUUCUACAAAUCCAACGCCAGCAACAGCGCCGCUGCUGAAGCGCCCUGGAGUCACAGCGCCACAGCAACAGCAGCAGCAGCAGCAGUUGCAACAACAACGACAGCAGCAGCAGCAGCAGCAGCAGCAGCAGCAGCAGCAGCAGCGCCUGGUGGCGAGCGUCCCAGUACAGUUGCACCUGCCGCAGUCGAGGCGGUCGUGCGCUCCGUACGCGACGCUGUGCGCAGCGCAGUGACGCACUCGAAGCGUACGAGCAAGAAAAUCAACUAUGAUGCCCUAGAACAGUACGACCUUGGCGGCCGUGGCGACUCGAUUCCAACAAACGAUGCCGAAACAGUCGCAGUCGCAGAUGCUGCCGGGCGUCCAUCGCAGCCAGCACCGAGUCUGUUUGACUUUGGUGAUCAACCUGCACCCGAGAGACGACCACCGGUUGCGCAGUCGUCGAUACCAGCACCAACGCGCGUAGCGAAACGCGUUGUUCGGCAGCAGCAGCACCAUCAACAACAACAACAACGCGCCGCCUCCGCUACCCCUCAACCGACGCACCAGACAUGA